UUUGUUUAUUUUACCGAAGUCCAUUUUAUGUCCGUCACAACGCGCACACAAGAGAGAAGAGAAAGAGAGGUCAUGGCAACUAAAGGAUCUAGUAGUUCCAACAUGGCACCAACCAAGCUUUCUGAUAUUUUAAAGGCUCAAGUGGAUGCAGCGGAUGACGAGGAUAAACCACUGCACCAGGCCCUCUAUCAGAAGGAAAUGGCCAAGGAGGAGAAGGAGGAAGAGGCUAAGUGGAAAGCAACCACUGAAGGUCUUGAGACCAUUAACAAAAUAGUCCCAACCAUGCCUGAUGCAGAUGUUAAGAAAGAUCUGGUCAAGUACGUACGUGUUGGUUCCAUUGCCGCUACAAGCAACGACGCAAGAAAUUCUGCAAUUGUUGCAGCCCUGAGAUCGGACCCAACAAUGGCUGGUUCCAGCUAUAGCAGUCCAUAUAUGGAUAGAAAGGCGGUGAUGAUACCCUCCAGAUAUGAUGGCAAGGAAGAUGUUGAGUCCUGGAUCAGCUCCAUGAAAGCUUCCUUUGAGGUACAGGGCACUCAAAGAGUGAACCAGUCCUUGAUCCUUGGGGCGAACGUCGAGGCUGUCGUAAGGGGCUUCCUAGAAGUCCAAGCUAUGCAAGUUGGGUAUCCAAAGAUCGAUCUAACGGAGUGGCUUAAAGUCACCCCGGCCACCGCUCUCGAAGAGAUACUAGUUGCGCAGUACAAGGACCCACAUGUUGCAGCUAGAGUAAGGAUCCAACUCGACGAUCUUAACGCAACAACUGGUGGGUGUAAGGUCUUCUCCAAGAUCGAUCUCCAGUCUGGGUACCACCAGAUUGAAGUCGAUCCUGGGGACCAGCACAAGACUGCGUUCAAGACACGUGAUGGGCUUUACGAAUUCAUCGUAAUGCCCUUCGGUCUCACGAAUGCACCAGCCACCUUUCAAACUCUUAUGGACAAGGUCCUCCGCGAGAAGAUGGGUCGGUUUGUGGUUGUGUAUCUUGAUAACAUUCUGAUUUUCAGCAAAUCAAUUGAGGAACAUAUGAAGCACCUUGAGGAAGUGUUCACCUUCCUCAAGAAAAUGCAACUCCAUCUCAACUUAGAGAAAUCAGAGUUUGGGAGGGACAACGUCAUCUAUCUUGGGCACCGGUUGUCUAUUGCAGGCCUUGAACCUGAGGCACCCAAGGUUGAGGUCAUACGCAAGUAGCUUUAACCCGUGAACAUCUGCGAAUUGCGUUCGUUCCUGGGUCUUGCAUCAUACUAUUCGAAGUUCGUGCCCCCAUUUUCUAUUGUUGCUCGCCCAUUGUCCAAACUAACAAGCAAGAACGUUUCUUACACGUGGGAUGCAGCAUGCGAGACCGCUUUUCAAGCCUUAAAAGAGGCCUUGGUAAGUUAUCCCGUACUCCGCAUUGCAAAUCCCAAAC